AUGAAGUUCAACAAGGCAGUGUCUGGUUCUAGAAGAAAGAAUAGAGCCCGUCAUUUCAAUGCUCCAUCCCAUAUAAGAAGGAAAAUUAUGAGUUCUCCACUUUCAAAGGAGCUACGUCAGAAAUACAAUGUCAGGAGCAUUCCUGUUAGAAAAGAUGAUGAAGUGACGAUAACCCGUGGUCAUUACAAGGGGCAGCAAACGGGCAAAGUGACACAAGUUUACAGGAAGAAAUUUGUGAUUUACAUAGAGCGUGUGCAGAGAGAGAAGGCUAAUGGUACCACUGUCCAUGUUGGUAUCCACCCUUCAAAGGUUGUCAUUGUAAAGCUGAAAUUGGAUAAAGAUCGCAAGAAUAUCUUGGAGCGAAAGGCAAUGAGCAGAUCCAAGGCUCUGGCCGAGAAGGGCAAAUACACAGAGGAAACCAUGGAGAGCUGA